AUCUCUCUACAUCUCCGCUUACAUUAUACUCUCAAGCUGCCUCCUUCACCACCUUUUAGUUUCCCAACCAGUCACCCGUUUAUUUUAUAAUAACGGAGUUAAAAGAAGUCGCUAUUUAUUUCCAUUUGAUGCAAGUGUCAUACUGCUACCAUUUCAAAAACCCGUCCAGCUUUCGACCUCAUAAUUUCCAAACAAGAAAACCCCAACCAGCACAGUAGAAACAUACACACACACACACAUUCAAGUGGGACGGGUGGUUUCAAGGGGGAGGUGAAAUCAAGAGAAUUCAUAAAGAAGACGUAGCUAGUUCUCGGUUCGUGGUUAUUUGAGAAGAUAAGAGAGAGUUAUCUCUCAAAGAGGGGGGGUUUUGGGGUGGGGUGUGGGCUAAGUUAUGCGUGCAGGAGCUUGUGCAGCACAGACCCUCUCACCGGAGGCUGCUUCCGUCCUGAAGCACUCUCUCAGCCUGGCCAGGCGCCGUGGCCACGCUCAGCUCACUCCGUUACAUGUCGCCGCCACUUUGCUGAGCUCAAGACCCAGCCUUCUCAAAAGGGCUUGCCUCAAAUCUCAGCCUCAUCAUCAACCCUCUCAUCCUCUUCAAUCCAGGGCCCUUGAGCUUUGCUUCAACGUCGCCCUUAAUCGGCUUCCGGCCUCCCCGGGACCGCUCCUCCAUGCGCAGCCUGCUUUAUCUAAUGCACUCGUCGCAGCCCUCAAGAGGGCUCAGGCCCAUCAGAGACGAGGCUCCAUAGAGCAAAACCAGCAACAACCGCUUAUAGCUAUCAAAGUCGAGUUGGAGCAGCUGAUUUUGUCUAUUUUGGAUGACCCUAGUGUGAGUAGGGUUAUGAGGGAAGCUGGUUUCUCUAGCACCUCAGUCAAGAACAACUUGGAGGAGUCCAAUUCAGUUUCUUCUGUUUUCCAGUGUUAUAACAGUACCCCUGGUGGGAUUUUCUCCACUCCCAGUUCUUCUCCCACUGAAGCCCAUCAUCAGAGGGAGUUUACAAUAAACCCUAACAGUUUCUGGCAAAACCCUCAUCUGUUUUCGCCUCAGAAGAAGCCUGUGAGCACUGAUGAAUUCUUUUUGAAGGAAGACAUCAAGGUGGUAUUGGAGGUUUUGUUGGGGAAGAAGAGAAAAAACACUGUUAUAGUUGGUGACUCAUUAUCCAUGGCUGAAGUGGUUGUUGCCGAACUGAUGAGAAAUCUUGAGAAAGGAGAAGUUCCAGACGAGUUGAAAUCAGUAAAAAUCGUCAAGUUUCAGCUUUCAUCAGUACCCCUCAUGUUCAUGAAGAGGGACGAAGUAGAUAUGAAUGUAGCUGAUCUGAAAAGGAAGGUGGAGUCUCUUACAUCAUGUGGGGGAGUCAUCAUCUACAUUGGUGAUCUAAAAUGGACGGUUGAGAGAGUUGGUGAUGAUGAUGAGAUUUCUGCUGGUAAUGAAUCCAAUGUUUACAGCCGUGUUGACUAUUUAAUUGCGGAGAUCGGAAAGUUGGUUUCUUGGUUUAAUUACAGCUCAAGUUACAUGAGGGUUUGGUUGAUGGCCACCGCCAAUUACCGGACUUAUAUGAAGUGUCAGAUGAGACAACCCCCUCUGGAUGUUCAAUGGGCUCUUCAAGCUGUUUCUGUUCCAUCAGGUGGACUAGGAUUAAGCCUAAGUGGCCGGGAUUCAAGAACCAGCUUCCCACAAAGUCCAUCUCAAGUUACUGACAGAAAGCUAUUCUGUCUCAAGGAGGACCAAGAUGUUCUCACAUGUUGUCCAGAUUGCAAAUCCAAUUAUGAGAAAGAAGCUAGCUUCAAAUCAAUCCACCACAAAUCUUUUCCAAUCAACAAGGAUGAAGAAAAUGGCUCGGCCCAUUUUCCCUACUUGCUCAAACAACACAGCGACGAGGCAGUCGAAGAGGAAGCUUUAAGUGAAUUGAGGGAAAAAUAUAACAAAUUCUGUCAAAGUCUCCACCAACAUAGCCAAAAUCUGCGUAAUUCAAGCUCCGUCGUUUGCGGUCUUGGGAGGAACUAUGACUACACUUCAUCGUACUCAUGUGGGCCAAACAAGAACAACAUCCUUGCUAAUUCUGAAACAGUUUCAUUCGCUUAUCCUACAAUGAAGCCUAAUCAGACCAUCGGCUCUCUGCCUCGGUUCAGACGAAAGGAAACAUGCCAUAUCGAGUUCAGUUUUAGCAAUGGCAAUUCCAAACUUCAAACAGUGGAGCCGAAUUUGGAUUCCGAAGUAAAGAUCACCCUUGCCCUUGGGAACUCCAUUUAUGCGGACGCACGCGCACAUGACAAAAUUGGAGUGGACAAGGAUUUGCUUGGCAUAUUUCAAGAAAAUGUGCCAUGGCAAUCAGAAACCAUUCCUUUGAUUCUAGAGGCAUUGAUGGAUUCUGAAGGGACCAGUCAAGAUAAGUUUUUGUUGAUUCAGGGGAAAGACGUUGUGGGGAAACAACGAAUAGCCGCUGCAGUAGCAAAGUCUAUGUUUGGUUCUUCUGACUUGCUCUUUUGCAUGAACAUGAGGAGCGAUGCAAAUACGGUAGCUGAGAAUCGUGAAAUACUGGAGAAAGCCUUGAGAGAUCAUGAAAAACUCGUUGUUCUAGUUGAAGAUGUCGAUUAUGCUGAUCCUGAAUUUUCAAAGUUUCUUGCUGAUGCCUUUCUUGAGGCUGGAAAACAGGGCUCCUGGAGAAGGCACACUAGAGAUUCUAGCCAAGCAGUAUUUAUCUUAACAAUGGACGGAGACAGCGGCUACUGUAUGGCAAGGGAUAACGUAAAUUCUGUAAUUCAGAUGAAGCUGCUUGUCAAUGAGUCCAAAUUCGUCGCUGUGAUGCCUAAUGUUGUGCACAAGCGGAAAGCAGAGUGGGAUUUCCCAAUCAGAGGGAAGAGCCGAAGGAGCAAUGAGAUGGACGAGGUCUCCUCCAAUGCUGUCGAGAAUGCAAGGCAGUUGAGCUCAAAUGCUCUCGAUCUCAAUGUCAAAGCUGAAGAUGAUGAGGCGGACGAAGGCAAACUAGGCACGUUCAGCCCAAUUUCAAGCGACUUGACACGUGAAACGACAAUCAUCGAGCAGCAGAGUUCACUGAGCUUCCUGAAAAAGAUCAAGAACUGCUUUGUUCUGAAUAGGAAUUCGGAGCAAGACAAGCAGGCAAGAGAGAUGUUCAUGUCCAAAUUCAGAAGGUCUUUUCAGGAGGCCAACAUAAGCAGUUUCAACAUAGACGAGACGGUGUUGGAGGAAGUUUUCCAAGGUUCGGGAUUCUAUCUUAACAGCCUGUUUGAUCAAUGGCUGAAAGACGUUUUUGAGACGAGUUUACGGAUGAUUGAUACAGGGGAGAAGGAGAAGGUUAGCAUUAGGCCAUGUUUAGGAUGGAAAGGAGAGAGUUCAUGUCCGAAGGAUGGAUUCAUGGGAACAUGUCUUCCCAGAAGAAUCCCACUUUCUUUCAUAGGUUAAGACUUAACCUUGUAACAUAUUCCUGUAAUUCUAAUUAGGCUGUAAUUAGGGUUUUCAAAUACAAUGCCUAGCUUGUUUUCCACA